AUUGUUGACUCGGUCGGUCUGUGUGGGAAAAGUUGUGAACUUUCAAAAGUUUGGAAAUUACUUUUGGAUUCAUUGAAAUUUAUUUGCCUAUUUCUGGAGUAUGAUAGGGAGUUGUUAACGUGCUGGAUUAGCAGACGACACACAUUUUGUGGAGCGUUGGUGACAGUUUGCGAGGGGUGAAAGGGGGCCAAUCAAUGGAGCGGCUUACCUUUUCGUGACAGUGAGACGGGAGUAGUGGGCCCUUGUUGUUCACAGGCGACCAGACGUGUGUAGCGAUCCACCGUGAAAGUUGUGUGUUGUCUCUUCCCUGACCGGGAAAGUUGUGUGCUCGUGUGGUGUUCCAAGGAUGUAAGCAGAACCCAGCUAUGCCACUAGCAGACAGGACCAUCAGACCGGUCUGGCUGGGACGGAGACCACUAUCUGAGGAGGAAAAAACCGAAGACCUGGUCCAAACUGCCGUGUCACAGAAUGCCGUGUUGGGAGCGCUUGUCCAGUUGGCCAGUCUGGUCAGACAUGCCGACGAUAUUUUCUGUGAUCUGGCAGAGGAAUGCCAGAAAGUGUUCGAUAAGACGGAAUCGAUUACUGGCAAACUUGUGAACGUAGAGGGAAUAAUUAAACAGCUCGAUUCUACCGAGGUCAAAAUACCUGUUGGCACCCUCAAGCAGUUCAGUCACGUGAGCGAGCAUCACGUGGCCAAACAUGGCUUCGACUGCGACCAUUUCACCCCCCUCAACCGUCCCCACAGCAUCAAGUUCAACUACUCCCUGUGUGACGUCACGCCGGUGCACGCCCUGCGCGGGGUGGACAUGUACCGGAAGGACGGCCUCUGCAGCUCCCACCUCUUCAAGCUGUGGCCCAUCGUUCUCAACGAGACCAACAGGGGGGUGGACGAUCUGGACCUACCCCGAACUUUUACCUCCCCCCUGAGCCACAAGAAGAGCUACAAGACCCUGAAGAUCCGCGAGCGGCGGAAAACCAUCCAGGUGAUAGACGAAGUCUACCAGGACAGGUCUGGUGACCUGCAGGCGUCCAGAGAUGACCACUUGUCCAGUUCACAGCCGUCCAUGUUGGUGCCAGUGGACACGUCGGGCUCAAAGUUUGAAAGGAUGGCAUCGUUUAGGCGGUCACUACGGGAGGACAGGGAGCUGGGGGACAAGAAAAGGAAGCAGAGACGACGGACUGUCUCUGGGGUACCUGAGAGUUUUAUGCAGGAACUUGAACAGUUUGAGAGAGGUCGACGUAUUGAGAGAGCAGGGUCAAGAACAUACAGCCUGGAUGACCUUGAUCAGAAAGAGCUUGAUGCCAAAGAUGAAGUCAUGCAGCAGUACUUGCAAGAGAUCGAUGCAGCCAUUGCAGAGCGUGAGGAAGAAGAGUACGCUGAGCAGCGCGAGGCCAAACUUCUGAAGUUCCUUCCCUGCCGCCGCUCACGCUCCCUGCCGCGCUGCGUCAAGUUGAUCUCUGCCUCCAAGAACAAAGACGGCCUAACGCGCUCGUCCCUCUACAUCAAGAAAUCCCAGCAGAAAGCCAUCCCAGAUGAAUACAAACACAAACAACAAACAGACGUCCCAAACAAACACAAACAACAAACAGACGGCCCAAACAAGUUUGUCAGCAGCUCUAGUCUGGCCAGUGUGGGGGACAACAGAUCCUCAAGGUCAUCCAAACGCUCCAGUCUGAUUGGAGAGAAGAUCAAAUCUCUGGUCUCUGGGACUCUCAAGCCCCGGCCAAAGUCCUUAGACUUUGAUUCUGUUGAGGUCAAACUGGACAACGAAGCAUCAAAGAAGGGAUUAAGCCGAGCCAAGUCAGUGGACAGGUCACUCGGCUUAAGUCGAGCCAGUUCUCCCAGCAUGCCAGAUGGAAUAAUGAGCCGAGCCACCUCAAAUGAGUCACAAAUUGGCCCCGGCUCUUACUACUACUUCAACAGCAACACCCUACCCCGUGCCCAGGCCAAGAAGUAUGACUUCCCAUGGGACUCUCUACCAAAAGACUGGACUACCUCAGUCAAACUGAGGGAAAUUUCCAAGAGAAGAAAAGAAGAUCGUCAAAGUUCUUCCGGCAACUGGAGUGGCUACAGCAGCAACCGCCAGUCCAUGGACUCCGACACCAAGUCUAGCCAACCCUCCACGUUCUCCCAGCACUCUCUGGGCAAAGAUUCUGGCAGGGACUCCCCACACUCUGCAGGCGAACGCGACGGACUUGAUGCUGGUUACAUGGGAGAUGCUGCCAGCACAGAGACCAUCUCUGACACCAAGUCCAUGUCCAACACUGACAGCGACGAGUGGCUGCGCUCGCUGGCCGAGAGGGCUGCCAGUCGUGGAGACGUGACAUCAACCAGCGCAGAGGCUCUGGCUAACUUGUCCCGACUGACCAAGCAGAACAUCAGAAAUCUUGAUAUUCUGGUCCCUGGGAGGAGGUGUUUGAGGCAGAGGAGGAACGAACUUGAGGACGAUGGAGAGUCAUCUGUGUACUCUCUGGACACCGAGGGCUUCUACACGUCCUUCCACAACGACAGCGGCUUGAGGAAAAGCACCAACACGCUACUGGACGAGGAGGACGAUGACCUCAUGAUGCCCAGAGACUGCCCUAGUGUGCAGAGUGCUGCCAGUUACAGCACCAUUGAAAGUGUCAUUUUCAGAACUCUUGACCAAGACGGGAGUGACACUUUGACUUCCUCCGUCUCCUCCCCACAUCUUGCCUCAUUAGGUCUCAACAACACCUACCAGCUGUCUAACAUUUCUCCGUUAACUGACGGUUCUGAGAUAGUUGAUGACGUGGAAGAUGUGGGCACUCUCAGGGCUAAAAAAGAUAAAAAAAGAAAAGCACCCCCUCCUCCCCCACCACCAAGAAUAUCAAGCAACGCACCAGCCAAAGAGCAGGGUUGGGAGUCCAGUCAACAUGACGCCAGUCCUACAGGGGAAACCUCGUCAGAGUCCUCGGACCACGAAGUCAUCUACGCCAGGCUAAAGAAGAAAACCAGUAUCUCAGUGCUGUCCUUCCCGUCCUGGUGUCCAGGCAUGACCAGUGACGAGGAGGAGCUUGCAGGGAAAGAAAUGUCUGCCUCUCAGGAACGCCUGAAUGCCGAGUCUAGUGAGGUGGAGAAGAUGUUUGAGGCAGGGACUUUACCGCGAGCUCACUUGACCUUCACCUCUCCAGCGCCAUCUGAAAGCUUUGACCUCACUGCCAACUCCUGGCCCAGAAUCAAGCGCUCCAAUGUACUGCAGCCUGGUAUACUCAAGACAUCGGAGAAAUUCAAACCCAGCAGCAACCUCAAGUCCUUGAACUUUGACCCAGUUGUAAGCCUGUUUGAUGCCCAGUCAAAACACAGCGUGCAGUUGCCUCUCUCACGACUCUCAUCCUCAGAUGACAGCACAUCUACCCCACCUAAUGACUCGUUAGACACCACCGCCUGUAACAGCCCACUGGAUGCUCCCCCCUCUCUCUUACAUCUUCCACUGCCACCAUCCAUGUCAAGUCAUCAUGACUGUAGACAGAGAGUCCAAAGUGACAGACAGACGUUCAACAUUGAUUCAUCUACCUCAGAGGAUCCAAGUGAGUGCAACAAAGACCAAACUGCCUCCAAUCCCAACCCAAAGAGCACCAAGAGGAACUCGACCAUCACAGGAGAAGACAGCUUGCAGCAUUUAUCUUCUGACUUUUCCUCCAUCACUAUGUCGUCUUCCCUUUCCCUGGCCUCAUUUGACAGCUUUGAUGAUCCAGCGCCAACACUGCUCAAGUCUGUCAACAAGUCCAGCGACACCCACAGCAGCAGCAGCACCAUAGCGCUGUCAGACAUCGACAACACAAGCCUGACCCACGUCACAGACUUCACGCCGUCAGGCUCCACCGUGUCUCUCAACUGGGACACAGACGACACCCCUAACAUCACUCCCCACACAGACGACACCCCUAACAUCACUCCCCAGAAGACCAUUGACUCAUCUAGACACUUCAAUAAAACUGUCAGCUCAAGUUCUUUGGAAAUAAAAAAAUUUCCAGCUCAAACUUAUGCCAAACCUACAUCAGCAUCAUCACCAGCGCAAGACAGCUACAGCAACACACAAUUUCCUUCAUCUUCAGAUAGCUAUCAAAGCUCCUUAGGUCACAGGCCAACUAAACCAUCUACCAGACAAGCUCAUGAUUCCAUUCCAGCAGAGGAUACAUUGCACAAGUACACAAGUGACAAUAACAACAACAAGAGCCAUGUCUCUUAUGGUGAACCAAGUGUGGCUCCACCCUCCCAGACACAAGGCUUUAGUCAGUCUGAGCCAUCCAGUCAACCAUCACAUCCUCGGUCCUGGUCCCAGCAUGGCUCUACCCACAGGCCAGCACACAGGAGAAGUAUGGGUGAGGCCCGCACUGACUCCAGCUCUUCAGUCCACAGCGGCAAUGAAAGUUCUGGCAGCAGCACUCGAGGCAGUGACGUGACAAGAAGACGAAGUGGCACUGACGCUUACAGCCCUGCUGACAGUGGCUUUGGUUCUCCAUCUGUCCCAGCCCAGGUCAGCUCGGCUGGAAACUCUUUCUCGUAUUCUCCGUCAGGGCAGCAACAGUUUUCCUACACAGCCCAGGGCAAGCAUGAAAGCCCACACAUCAAACAGCAGCUCCUCCUGGAGAAAAAAUCCAACUUUGUCUCUAGACCAGCAGCCAGUAGCAGCCACCAAAGGGCAGACUACCCACUGAAAGCCCUGAGCACAUCAUCAGCCAACUCCAGCGAGUCGCUGUCCUCCCAGUUCUCUGUCAACUCAACCAGCCAGCUCGUGGGCAGGGUCACCAAAACAGAUUUGUCCCAGCCAAGUCUACACUCAGGUACAUCCAGUGAAUCUCUCCACUCCAAUAGUUCAGCGGGCAGGUCUGACUCGUACCGUGUCGCCUUGUUGACAGAGAGUGACCAAAUCAACUUGAUACCAAAACAAAAACAUCCGACCAACCACAGCCUACAAGCCACAACAAACAGCAACCACAGCCUACAAGCCACCACAAAAACCAACCACAGCCUACAAGCCACAACAUACAGCAACCACAGCCUACAAGCCACGACAAAAAACAACCACAGCCUACAAGCCACAACAUACAGCAACCACAGCCUACAAGCCACGACAAAAAACAACCACAGCCUACAAGCCACAACAUACAGCAACCCGUCCCAAGGUCGAGCAGUGUCUGCUCCAUGCCCAGGGUUUAUUGAUGACAAUGUCAGCCGUGCUGACUCCUACAGGUGUGCUGUGAGGAACACACAGAGCAGUUACCUGUCUGACCUGGCUGGGAGGAACAGCUCGUACCGUCUGGCCACGUGCGAGGAGGACGUCAUCAUCUCAGACCACAGGAUGGACGCCUGCAACCUGUGGACAGGAACAACAGGAGCUUCCAGGGACGUACGGCGCAUGGGCAUCACAGACGUGGACCAGCUCAAGCACUACAGCAACGAGGCAGACAACAGGAGGACCUCCAAGAACACGGACACACUGCACGCCAGGAAAAGGCUGAGCGUUAGAUCAGAAGGUGACGCCCACAACAACCCAUCCAAGUCUUCACCCACUGAGCAGAAAAAAUUUAUGAGAUCAAACAGCAAAGACAAGAGCAAACAGAAGACCCAGUCGUCCACGUAUAUACGCUUUGACCCCAUUUUUGAAAGUGGGGAAGAUUUAAGAGCAUCAAGUGAAUCCCUGCGGCCUCCGUCCAUCGUUUCCAUCAAAACGUUAGCCAGGGCAGACAGCAAUGAUGGAUUUUCUGCAGAAAAUGCCCACCUCAUUGGCCUAAGAUCAAAUCCUGGGUCUCAGGCUAGGAAAAGGUCAGGGUCGCUAGGGCGCAAGUCUUCAGAUGAAAAAUCUAAUAUGACAAUUUUUGACAGCAUCAAAACUACUAUCAAAUCAAUAGGUGCAGGGAAAGAUAACUCUUACAAAUAAAACAUAAGACCUUUACUGAAGUCCAAAGCAGCUAGUCCAAAGUUCACUUGACAAAUGACUUGUUUAUUAAAUAAUGUCCGGCAUCUUUCAUGAUUUCAUCAUGCAAACAUCAUCCAUUAAACACAAUGUCCAAUUCAUCAUCAAAAUGUUGAAAUAGUAAAUUAUGCAUAGGUGAACAUUGUAAUGGCACCUAUAGUAGGUCUACAGAUAUUAACAUGCGUCCUUGAUAUUUUGCUUAUAGAGUUGAGCAAAGCAAAAAGCUCAAAUUUUGCUUGUUUAGCUACACUGCUCUGCCUUGCUUUUGUAGCUCUGAACUGAGAAAACUGACACCAUGACAGAAAUUUCUGGGAAAAAACUGAUUUUAAAUUAGGAUUUUAGAAGACUGUUUACAAAAUUACUUUUUUAACAAAACUUUAACGAUGAAUGUUUUUAAAUUGAAAUUUGUUAUGGUUUAUUUUUAAUCACCUAGUUAGCAAAUUUCAUCACAAAGUCCUAUUAGGGUGGGGUAUUUGGUUACAACAAUGUUGCAUGGUCCACAAUGUCUAACUUAAAGAAUUUUCUAGUUCCUGCACAGGUAAAAUAAGAUCUUACUGUUAAAGCAAGAAAAGUUGUAGGUUAAUAUUUCAGAUUUCAGAAUAUUUCAA